AUGCAUGAUGGACAGUGAUGAUGAAGUUCGGGACAGAGCAACCUUCUACCUGAACGUGCUGCAGCAGAGGCAGCUGGCACUGAAUGCUGCCUAUAUUUUUAAUGGCUUGACAGUCUCUGUUCCUGGGAUGGAGAAAGCCCUGCACCAAUACACCCUGGAGCCUUCUGAGAAACCUUUUGACAUGAAAACUGUUCCCCUGGCCACUGCACCCAUCUUUGAACAGAAAGCAGCAGAGGUUGCCCUAGUGACCAGCAAGCCAGAGAAAGUGGCUCCUUCACGUCAGGAUAUAUUCCAAGAACAACUGGCAGCUAUUCCUGAGUUCAAGAGUUUGGGUCCUUUGUUCAAGUCUUCAGAGCCAGUGCAGCUCACAGAAGCAGAAACUGAGUAUUUUGUUCGUUGCAUUAAACACGUGUUCCCAAAUCACAUUGUUUUCCAGUUUGACUGCACAAACACCUUAAAUGAUCAGCUGCUGGAGAGAGUGACGGUGCAGAUGGAGCCGUCGGACGCUUACGACGUCAUCUGCUGCAUCCCAGCACCCAGCCUGCCUUACAACCAGCCAGGCAUGUGCUACACCCUCGUCCAGAUCCCCCAGGAUGACCCUACUGCAGUUGCUUGCACUUUUAGUUGCACAAUGAAAUUCACUGUCCGGGACUGUGACCCAAACACGGGGGUGCCAGAGGAGGAUGGAUAUGAUGAUGAGUAUGUGCUGGAAGAUCUGGAGGUGACAGUGUCUGAUCAUAUUCAGAAGGUUCUAAAGCCCAACUUUGCAGCUGCCUGGGAAGAAGUGGGAGAUGACUUUGAGAAAGAAGAAACCUUUGCACUUAGUUCCAUUAAAACCCUUGAUGAAGCUGUCAAUAACAUCAUCAAGUUCUUGGGCAUGCAGCCCUGUGAGAGGUCAGAUAAAGUGCCAGAGAACAAGAAUUCUCACACACUCUACUUGGCUGGUAAGUGUUCAUGCUGGUGGUGA